AUGCAACAUUACAUAAUACCAUCUGGCGCCUUCUUUCUUAUCAAAAUAUGGCAUGGCGCCAAGAAAGAGAGCACAAUCACAUGUGUGCGCCGAGCAAAUCGUCAGUUUGAACAAGAUCCAAUAGAUCCAAUCCAACCAACCGAAGCCAGCAUGAACGCCAUCUACACUGCCGUCCUUGUCGCCUCCACUCUUGCCUACACUGCCGUUGCAUGGAUCGGACUCUCCAUCGACACUGCCAACGAGGAUCUCCUCUAA